AUGGGGACUGGAAUGAGCAAGAUUGUCACCGGCCUCUACCUGGGGAAUAUUCGUGACUCUGAGGACCACGAGAACCUGCAGAGCAAGGGGGUGACCCACAUCCUGUCCGUCCACAGCGGCGCCAAGCCCGUGCUGGAGCCCUCCUGUGUGGAUGAGUACCUGGGCAUCAUCAAGAGGAGCCCCUCACCCCCCCAGGAGACCUGCAGGAACCCCCCAAUACCCGACUGGUGGGUGCAGCAGCCCAGCCCUGCGUUGCCCCUGAUGAAUGGAUACUCCAGCUAUGAGCAGUAUCACUCAGGUUAUUCCCAGAUGGUGAUCAGCUUCUACUACAGCGGGAGGCUGGUGGGCCACGUCAGCACCUCGUGCUCUGAGGGCUGCAGGAUCUCCCUGGGGCAGCCCUCGGGCCAUGGGGAGAAGCUCUACGCCCCCGACGCCCUGGAGCACGUGCGGUUCCCGUCGGCCGACGCCAUCCAGAACGAGCGGCAGAAGCAGAUCACCAGGAAGCUCUUUGGCCACCUGGACAGGGGUGUCCUCCUGCACAGCAACAAGCAGGGCAUCUUCAUCAAGAGGCUGUGCCAGGGCAGGGUCUUCUGGAGCGGCAACACCAUGGCCUAUAAGGACAGGCCCAACAAGCUGGACCGGGAGGACGUGGUGAAGAUCUUUGACACCAAUUUGUUCUUCCGAGAGCUGCAGCAGUACUACAACAACCAGGGCCGCUUCCCUGACAGCAGGGUCAUGCUGUGCUUCGGGGAGGAGUUCCCAGACGCGGUGCCCCUGAGGUGUAAACUCAUCCUUGUCCAGGUGGAGCAGCUGUACCUGAGGCAGGUGGUGGACGAGGCUGGCAAGAGCUGCAGCUCCAGCCCCAUGCUGCCCAUGGCCGAGGAGCCCCAGCACGAGCAGGGCUACCGGAUCUUCCAGGACAUCUGCGCCACGCGGCCGCUCUUCAGGGAGAGCCAGCAGAUCGCAGUGUGAGCCCUGAGGGGCUGGC